AUGCACGAGUCACUAAAAGAUCGCGUUCUUGGCUCGGCUACCGUCAAUCUGGCAGACUUGGCAAAGUUGGACCAUCUCGUCACUCGUGUCUACCUCUGUGAAGCUGCUCCUGUUCCUGGCACUGCCAUCAAGGUCUCGCUUGUUUUGUGGGAUCCAUCGCUUCCCGAGCCAGCCCUUGCCCUCGCUGCUUCUUCUGUUGCUUCGUCCAGCGACGAUCAUCCCCGGUCGGGUCCGCCGCCGUCCUCGGCCUCGCUCUCAGCCGACGCCUCGUCAGAUCGCCUGGACCCACCACCUCGCCCGCGUGCGAGUCCAAAGAAGCGCCGCAAGAGGCGCCAGGUCUCGCCGCUCGUCGCUGCUGCCGCUGCAGGCAACGUGACCGCCACCACCCCCACCCCCACCCUCUCGUCGCUCUCGUCAAUGGACGACGAGAGUACCUUGCCCAACUACCUCGAGUCCGACCCGGACUCGCACGCCACAGAGACGUUCUCCGGCGAGGUCUCGCCAUCGGCCACGGGUGAGUUUCGCUCCACCGGGCCUGUCUACCCGGCCUCUCUGUUCAUGCCGGGUGACGGCGGCCGCCCCAGUCCAGCCCGCCCGCGCGCAACCUCAAUCACCACUGCUCGCUCGCACUCGCGCCAGCCGUCGCUCCCCUCGCCGCACGUCCCGGCCCGUCGCUCGUCGGUCACCGCUUCGCGCGCACACCGCCGCUCGCUCUCGUCGUCGGUCCAGAUCAACGCCGAGCUGCCGGUGGCCCAGCGGAGCAUCGGCGAGCUCGGCGAGCUGCCCGAGCCCGACCCGGCUGGCGCCAUCUCGCAGGAGCUCGGCCGGAUCAAGGCCCGCCUCCGCGAGCGCCGGCUCAAGCUUGUCGGCCGCCGUGUCGCCCUCCUUGUCGACGGCGCCAUCGCCUCGGUCUAUCUCAACCCGGACGACCGCGCCGCCGCCCUCUCCUCGGCCGCCCUCGUCACCGUCGGCAUGUCCUCGCGUGGGCUGCCGGAUUCCAUCUUUGAGCCCGAGGCCUGGGACCACGAGUCGGUCGCCACUGCCGUCGCCGCCUUUUCCAACUGGUACCAGCACGGCCUGCCGAUCUCGGAGCGUCUUGUCUUUGCCGCCAUGGUCGACUGGAACUUUGGCUUUGAGUCGCAGGAGGCUCUGGCGUCUGCCACAGAGCUCCUGCGCAACUCGCCGGCUGCCCUCGUUGUCCACGAUCUCCCGGCCGCCCUCGACGCCAAGGUCCGCGCCUCGCGCGCCAAGCCGCUCGAGCUCGCAUACUUUCUGGCCGUUGCCGCCCUCCUCGUCCACGACGUGAGCAAUGAGCUUGCGCUGGCCGUCGGCGGUGCUCGCUCGCGCCCGGCCUGGGCCCGCUCGCUCGAGGACGCCCUCGACGCCGCCGCCUACACCGCGUUUUCACUACUGGUCGGCCACUACAACCAGCGGCUCGAGAGCGCUGUCGUUGUCGGCGCCUUUCUCGACGCGCCGUCCACGCUCGAGACCGCAUCGGCCCGCGCCGCCGCCGCCGCCGCCGUCGGCUCGGCCACUGUGCCCUCGCUCCCGCGCCCGGCACUCUCGCCAGCCACCGUCAUUGCUGUCCUUGACGAGCUCGCCGCCGUCGUCGCGCCGUGGCACCCAGAGGUGUUUGGUGACACCCGCGCUGCCGUCGUCUCGGCCGUUUUCAAGCACAUCAACGCCGUCCUUUGCAACGCUGUCCUUGUCGAUUCGCGCGGCGCGACCGUAAGCGGCGGGCUCAAGCUCAAGAUGGCCGUCUCGGAGCUCGAAGAGUGGCUUGCUCAGCACCCGGAGCUGAGCGGUGGCGAGCUGCCGGCUCGCGAGCGCCUGGUCCUUGUCCGCGAGCUGGCCGACGUCCUCGUCAUGCCCAAAGACGCUCUCCUCGUGGCUGAGACGCGAGGCCAGGUCGCCCCGCACCUCUCCAGCCACCAGCUUGUUGCCCUCCUCCACGCUGUGCAGACAGACGACUACGACCAGGUCGGCGUCGAGCCCGGCCUCGUCGAGUCGCUUGCUGACGAACUCGGCGUCGAGCAGGCCGGCGUCGCCUCUCCUCGACAUUGACCUCGGCCAACUCGUCCUCCCUGUUUGCUUUGUU